AUGAUGAAUAUACUGAGUGGUAUGAUGGGUAUGGGAGGCGGAUAUAGUGGUCGGUAUAGUUGUCAGAUGCGGGCGUAUUCAGCUGCAUUUAUUGAUGCGGAUUCAGCUAAAGUCGUCGAAUUGAAUUACGGUGGAAAGAUUUUGUUGCCAAAUUCCGCGUUGGAUUAUCUGAUACGAUACAAUGUGCCUUAUCCUAUGCUCUUCAAGGUGUCGUCAGUCUGCGAGAAUUCUCGAUCUACAAACUGUGGAGUUUUAGAGUUUUCAGCCCCAGAAGGGAAGUGUUAUCUCCCUCAGUGGAUGAUGAAACAGUUACGUAUCGAUGAAGGAGCUGAAGUUCGCGUGGACUCGGUUACACUUCAGUCGGCUACCUACGCGAAACUUAAACCGCAAUCGCUUGAGUUUCUAAACAUCAGUAAUCCUAGGGCCGUCCUCGAAGUUGAACUACGAAAGUUUGCCUGCUUGACAAAGAAUGACAUCAUUGCCGUUUUGUAUGCGGAUCAAGUACUCGAGUUUCUGGUGCAGGAAGUGAAACCAAGUAAUGCGGUUUGUAUCAUUGAGUGUGAUCUAAAUCUAGAUUUCGAUGCACCCGAAGGAUAUGUAGAACAGCCUAAAUCGGCGAAACCUGCAGCUGGCUUUAAGCCGCCAGCACCGGCUGUGAAAGCAAUGCCGCCUCCCAGUGGUUCACAGUUCUCAGCAUUCAGUGGAUCGGGACAGCGUUUGGAUGGAAAGAAGAAGCCUUCAUCGAACAGUCUUUGUUCUGAUCAAGCCGAUGACCUUCUUGAUACCCUGCAAUCAUUGCCACCAGUCGUGUGCAUCGAAGACUACAAACCAGGCAAGCUGUCAUUCAUACGGUACGACUACAAGUCUCGUUUCGAUACCGAACGUGAACUGCAAGAAGCGAAGUUGGCGGCUGCGAAGAAAGCUACCCCGUUUGAAGGAUCCAGCGCUACCAUAAGGAAACGAUACUAA